AUGAAGGAGAAGGAGAAGCAGAAGAAAGGAAAAGGAGAAGCAGAAGAAAGGAAAAGGAGGAGAGGGAGAAGGAGUAGAAGGAACAAGGAGAAGGAUAGGAAAAAGGAGAAGGAUAAGGAGACGGAGAAGGAUACGAAGAAGGAGAAGCAGAAAGAGAAAGAGGAGAAGGAGAAGGACAAGGCGAAUCACCUGAAUUCCAAGCCUUUGAAGUGUAGGAGGUUGAAAAAAUCUAUUUCCCACACAGUUUCUAUAAUUAGUGAGAAGAAAGAAAAUGAGAAGAAGGAAAUGGAGGAGAAAGAGAAGGAGAAGAAGAAAAAGGAGUCGAAGGAGAAGGAGUCAAAGAAGAAGGAGAAGGAUAAGGAUAAGGAAAAGGAUAAGAAGAAGCAGAAGAAGAAAGAGAAGGAGGAGAAGGAUAAUGAGAAGGAGAAUCAAAAAGAAAAAGCGAAAGCAAAAACGAAAGAGAAGAAAGUCGAAGUCGUCAUAGCUAAAGUGAAGCGACAAUAUCCAUUUGAAUGUUUUAGCAUUGAUGGUGAGGGUCCAACUGAACUAAUGUCAUUCUUCUUGCAAUGGACAAAUGAGGGUCUUUACAAGCGUCAUGCAAAAAACUAA